UCCGUGUCGUCUCUAGGGUUUUCUUUUACUUGAGAAAAAAGAAUGGAUCCCAAAUCCAGCGAUGUCGAUACUGUUGAAGAAGCAAAUUUAGAGACGCCGAGAUCCCUCUAUACUAUUGAAGAAUUAAAUUCCAGGCUAGAGUUUGAGAGAUUCAUUAAAAGAUUCGCCAAGAUUGGUUUCAAGGUGCUGGAAAAGGACGAGAUUUCCACGUCUAGCGAGGAAGAAGACGAGGACGAGGAUAAGGACAGCGUGGAAAGCGAUCAGGAAUGGGAUGUUGAUAGUUUCGAGGGUUGUGAAUACGAAUCUGAUCCUGAAGAGUCUGAGGAUUGGCGUCGCUACGUGCGCCAAUGUUACAAAAGCGAGGGUUUCGAUGUGCCACGAGAUUGCGUUCCCAAGCGGACUUCGGGUCGAAUUUGCUGUGGAUUCUGUCCCGUUGAACUUGAUGAAUACUUUAGUCCGCCCGACCUUACAGGGCGUCAGUACAUGGAAAACAUGCUCAAAGUCGUCAUUGCCAAACACAACGAAACAAAGAAGAAGAAUUUGGUGCUGGACCAUAUCGUGAGGGCCGUUGUGUUAAUGGGAGGUAAGGUCAAAGCAUACAUAACGUUCAUGGCUAAAGAAACUCCCGAGGGAGAGCUCGUGGAGUAUCAGGGCAAAGCUGAAUGGAAGGUCUGGCAGAGAAACUUCCAUCCACUCCUCUGCAGACCAGCCUCUGAGCAGAGACAGUUACCCUAGGUUUAUUAUAUAUUUUACUCUGUUUAUUUGG